AUGCAUCGUGGUUUAGUUUUUAUUCGGAUUACAGUUGAGAAAAUUCUAAUAAGUAUCAAUAUAUUCUUAUGUCAGCAGGAUAUACUCGGACCUACGGUUUUCAAAGAUCCCUAUUCGUUGAUUACAAGGUCAGAGGAUAGUAUUGCAGUUCUGGGUACGGUGGGAUCCUUGGGCUAUGUAUUCUUUUUAUUUUUAAGUGGGGUGAAGAUGGACGUGAGCAUGGCAUACAAGUCCGGAAGAAAGGCCGUAUGUAUUGGUUUCCUAACAGUGGUGGUGCCUCUGAUAUUUUGUUUGAUAACGAUUAAGGCCCUUCACACAGAAGGCGACUUGUUUACAAACAAAAGUUUUUUUCUUGCUGUAACAUAUUCCGGGACUUCAUUUCCGGUUAUACAUUGCCUUCUUAACGAGCUGAAAAUCCUGAAUUCGGAACUUGGUAGGCUAGGACUAUCAACAGCACUUAUUGGUGACAUUGUGUCACUAGUUCUUAUGAAUGUUAGCCAAUGGGUGAAGAUUGGGCUUGAAAAAGGAAUAGAAGUGGUUCUGAUUGAUUCUGGACUGUCUAUAAGCUUUGUUUUAUCCGUUGUGUUUGCGUUGCGACCUAUGAUGAAAUGGAUGGUGAAACACAUGCCCGAGGGUAGCAAAAAAAAUGAUAUACUCCCUUAUGCCGUCAUUUGGGCGUUCAUGAUGUCACCUAGGAUGACCGAACUAUAUAGAAUAUUCGUUCUCUUUGGCCCAUUUAUUCUAGGAUUGGCUGUUCCUGAUGGACCCCCAAUGGGAUCUGCUCUUCUCGAAAUAUUGGACCCUAUUAUUUCAGGAUUGUUUUUGCCUUUGUUUGCUACAACAUGUGGCAUGAGGGUUGACUUGUCUUACCUCAAAAAGAGUAACGUUUUUGCAACGCACCAAGCAAUUGCAGCUAUAGUAACACUUAUUGUCAAAUUUGGGAUUUCUCUGAUGCUACCUCUAUUAUGCAAGAUGCCCAUGAAGGAUUCUUUAGCACUUGCUUUUAUAAUGAUAACCAAAGGUAUCGUUGAGAUGGGUUCCUAUAGCUUCUUGAAUGACACCCAGGUGAUAUCGGAGGAUAUAUUCGCUUUCAUGAGUAUUAUCAUCAUUGUGGUAGCAAGCAUUGUGCCAAUACUUGUGAAAAGAUUCUACGAUCCAUCAGGGAAGUAUGUAUCCUACCAGAAAAGGAGCAUCAUGCAUUCCAAGCUCAAUGAGGAGCUGCGAAUGAUUGGUUGCAUUCACGUACCAUGUAAUGUCAAUUCUAUCAUUAACAUUUUGAAUGCCUUCUAUCCAACCAGAGAAAGCCCCAUUCAUCUUGAUGUCCUUCACCUUAUUAAGCUCAACGGGCGAGCCACACCAAUUUUUAUCGCUCAUAAAAAAAACAUGAAAACCCUAUCCAACGAAUCAUAUUCUGAGAACGUAGUCCUCGCUUUUAAUCAGUUUGAGCGAGAUAAUUGGGAAGCUAUAUCAGUGAAUGUUUUCACCGCAGUCUCUCCACCAAAUUUGAUGCACGAGGAUAUAUGCAACCUUGCCAUGGACCAGCUCGCCUCUUUUAUAAUACUUCCAUUUCACCGGAGAUGGUACAUCGAUGGGAGCAUUGAAUCAGAAGACCAAACCAUAAGGAGCCUGAACUGCGAUAUCCUAGAAAGAGCACCUUGCUCAGUCGGCAUCCUUAUUGAAGGACGCCGACAUCUAAAACACUCCAAUUCUAAAGAUAAAUCAUCACCAGAUAACUCGUCAUCAUACAUCAUUGCUAUGAUCUUCUUGGGGGGUAAAGAUGAUAGGGAGGCUCUAUCGUUAGCCAAACGCAUUUCACAAGACAAAAGCAUUAGCUUAACUGUAAUUCAUCUAAAAGCUGCAAACGGUUUAGGCUCCAUCUUAGAUGAGUCUGACAGAAUGCUUGAUGAUGAGAUGUUGAAGGAUAUUAGGGAAAGUGCAUAUAAUAUAACAUACAUUAAGAAGCAAGUAAAUGAUGGACCUCAAACUUCAACAUUUCUUCGACCCAUUGUGGAUAACUACCAGCUUAUCAUUGUUGGGAGACGAUAUAACCAUGAAGAUCCCCGAACUCUUGGUCUCCAAGAAUGGACAGAAUUUCAAGAGAUUGGGAUUAUUGGAGACUUGCUUUCAUCAGCAGAUUUUGGUGGCAAUUAUUCUGUGUUAAUUGUGCAGCAACAACAAAUGACUGCAUAA